CUUCCCUGUCUCCUACUAGAUUUGAAUAUAGAAUAUAGACAUAUAUAUGUGAUACACUUCUGUCUUUCUGUUUAAUAUUUUAUUGAUAGGGAUAUCUACUGUCAUCCAUAUUCGCAUUUUAUUUUAUUCUUCGUAGAAGAUGACACUGCUUAUACCAAUAUACGUGUUUGCUGCUUUCGCCUCGACGGCUUGGGGGGGUUGUUCUUCCAUAGAAGUUCGACGAGAAUGGCGGGAGUUUACAACGGCAGAGAAAACUACCUGGAUCGAUGCUGUCAAGUGCAUGGCGCAUCUCCCUCACGAUGAUUCUCUGUAUUCUUCAGUCGGCGACUUUGCCGAAAGUUUCGCCAAUAUCACAUCAAACAGCUCAUACUACGAUGACUAUGCAUAUGUGCAUUCGGAUCUUAAUCCGGUUAUCCACUUCACGGGUCUCUUCUUCCCUUUCCAUCGCUACUUCGUUUGGUCAUAUACCCAAGCCUUGAAGAGCCGCUGUGACUAUAAUGGGGUAGCACCAUACUGGGACUGGACCAUCGAUUCCGCCAACGUUCUUGAGGCUGGUAUCUGGUCAGACGACAACAUCUCGGGGCUUGGCCAAGCCGUAGGUAUAUCCGAUAACGACUUCGUCGUCGGUACAGGCGGCUUUUCCUCCAACUUCACCCUUGCAUACCCUGUAUCUCAUGGGCUGCGCCGAAACUUCACUCUGCAGCCAUACAUCAAUUUCGCAAGUGCUGGCGACUUUUUCCCGCAACUAGACUUGGAUGCAAAUGCCACUUUUACACCUGAGGUCAUUGAUGCCGCGAUUGCCAAUUAUACCGGUGACUAUAAAGGCUUUCAAAGGUUUAUCGAGGGCUUCGAGGGUCCACAUGGUAGUGUGCAUGAGAUAUUAGGAGGCGAUCUUGCGGGUUAUUGUCCUGAAGAUGCCUCUGAGUCUUGUUUUGAGAAUGAGCCUAGUCCCACCUUUUCUGCUAAUGAACCCCUUUUCUGGAUGCACCAUGCGGUAAGCACCCUUUCAAGCCACCUUACAGGCCCACCUUACACGCUUAUCUCUAACACAAUACAGAUGGUCGACCGAGUGUGGUGGAAAUGGCAAAAUGCGCACCCUAAUAACACAAAUGCGUUCUUUGGUGGAAGCGUCCAGAAUAUAACGACUUACGCAUCGUAUUUAGAAUAUCCCAAUGGUGCACCGCCCUAUCUAUCAAUGAAAUCGGUGCUUCCAACCGAUGGGAUCUUAGCCGGGGGCACAACUCUUGCUGAUGUUUGGAAAACGGAGGCGGACUUUUUAUGCUAUACUUACGCGAGUUAAUGCAAUAUUGGGCUGCUGUGAAAACAGGAUAGAAAGUGGAGUGAUUUGAGAUAGCGCCUCGCGACGACAUCAAAUAGAUGUUCUUUUCUAUUUUGAAGAUUACUGUCC